UGUUUUUUGCAUCUGCGUAUUCAUUUUUUUUUUUUGUAUAUCUGUAUUCGUACGAUUCUCUGAUAAUUGCAGACAUUUCAAUGUGGAUGCAAUUUCAAGGGUUUAUCUGUUGAAUCAUAUCGAUUUUGAAUUUUAAACGACUGAUAUCAAUUUUGCUGCUUGAAUUUUCAGUUUUUGACUGUAUUUUUGAUGGUUUAUGGCAGGUUUGGCUUGUAUUUGGUAAUUAGAUUCAAAAAGAGAAAAUGUCUGGACGAAUGGCUGGAAAGUCUGUAGCAAAAGCAGUUGGGCAAUAUCAAUAUCCAUGGCAAGAAAAGUUGGCAAAAUACAAGGAUGAGCUUUCAAAGGGAGUUUGGGGUUACUGGGUGCUUGGAGCCUGGAAACCUCUGGGGAUGAGUGCUCGCCAUCGAGCUCGUCUGCGCAAGGAAGUUGUUGUUGCUGGACAAGAUUGGCCAUACGGUCCAGCGAGAAAGGAAAUGAGAACGAAGCAGAAAGGGCACAAGUGUAACAGAAUAUCAGCAGAAAAACGGGCAAAGACAGCCGAACUGAUGCAAAAAAUGCCUGAAAUGUUGGCUGAUUACAGGAAGAGAAAGUGGGAAAGGAAAAUGAAAGCAGAAGAAGAUGCUGCCAGAAAAUCAUUGCAAGAAUAGAUUUCCUGCUCACUUGCCUUGUUUUUUUUUUCUUCCCUGUGUAUUUUCGAGCCCUAGCAAUGGGCGCGAAUAGCGGUAUUUACAGUAAAUAAAAUUAUAAACAUUUGUUGUACGCUAAACAAAACUUAUUAGGUUCUCGUUAAUUCAGUGUUGUAGUCCAGAUAUUAAACAUAAUUAAUUUAGGGCUUAAUUAUGUUUAAUGUUCCCUGAAUAUAGAGUAGUGAGAAGACGUACAUUUUUUAUCA